GCCGCGCUGGAUGGGGCGUCCAUGAGCUUCGGCACGGAGCCACCGGCCCCGGCCCGGGAGCGGCUGGACAUGGCCUUGUACUGCGACGGCUCGGGACGCUGCCAGGCCCCGCACAGCCAGACCCGGGCAGCCGCUCACCCCGCGGGCUAUGCGCGCGGUGAUCUGGGCGCGGCGGGCGAUGGCCCGCGCCUGUGGCUGAACGCGCCAGCUCUCAGCUCCGUGCCCUACGCGCCGGGUCCCGGGUCCGCCUCGCCUUACGGGGCCCCCGGCCCGCUCCUCGGGGUUCCCGGAGGCCUGGUGGGCGCCGACCUGGCGUGGCUGAGCCUGUCUGGCCAGCAAGAGCUGCUGAGGCUGGUGCGGCCGCCCUACUCGUACUCGGCGCUCAUUGCCAUGGCCAUCCAGAGCGCGCCGCUGCGGAAGCUGACGCUCAGCCAGAUCUACCAGUACGUGGCCGGCAACUUCCCCUUCUACAAGCGCAGCAAAGCGGGCUGGCAGAACUCCAUCCGCCACAACCUGUCGCUCAACGACUGCUUCAAGAAGGUGCCCCGCGACGAGGACGACCCAGGUAAAGGCAAUUACUGGACCCUGGACCCGAACUGCGAGAAGAUGUUCGACAAUGGAAACUUCCGAAGGAAGAGGAAGAGGAGAAGGGAGGCGAGCACGGCUGCAUCCUCCGGAGCCCGGAGCCCAGGAGGAGCCAAGGCGCAGGAGCUGGAGGCCCUGGGCGCCGCCUCCCAGGACCUGCAGGCCGCCUCCUCCCCGCCUGCGUCCGACGCGGCCGCCUGCUUCUCCAGCUUCGCCUCCGCCAUGGGCGCCCUGGCUGGCGGCCUUGGGACCCUUCCCGGGGGCCUGGCGGGCGACUUUUCUUUCGGGAGAUCGACGACGGUCACUGCCCAAGGCCCCCAGUUCCCCGGCCCCGCACCCGGCUUCCCCGCUGGCCAUCAGACGGCGACCACAAGCUUCGGCCCCCGGCGCUUUGUCUACAGUCAGGAAGGGACCGAAGUUUGAAGGGAGGCCAGGGAUUGUUCCAAGUGCCAUGUCCAGAGGCGCUGACUCCAGCCCUGGAUUCUUACAGGGUGACAGCCCCCACGUGUUCAGGCAGCAGUGGUCAGAGCAGCGCAGGGAGCUCAGGGCCUCCCAGUGGGGAGCCAAGGACCCAGAGGGCGGGCCGUGCACUCCAUCCAGCUGGGCCACCAUUCAGAUGGCAUGAGUGGGUGCUCCUUGCGCCCAGGGUCCUCCCAGCUGGCCUGGAUCUAGAACUCAGUUCUUGGAGGGGUUCCCUCUUCAAGGGGCAACAGGCUCGCUUGCCAGAGUUCUUCACAGGGGAGCCUGGACCACCCCAAAGAGUUUCUCAUUCAUGCUCCUGGGGACAGCCUGGUCCCAUAUGCGGGAGAUUUUCUCCUCCUUUCCAGCCUGGCCCACCUGGCGCACAGGGCCUCCCCCUGAUGCUCCGAGGGGGCUCGCAGUGUUCAAGAUCAACCCCAGUGGGGCCAGGUGGCUUUCCUCCACCCUCAGCGGGAGCGUGCAGGGAGGGCAAUCUGGGACAGUGGAGAAGAGGGACUUCCUGAUGGCUGGAGCUGUGCUGCUGGAGGGGGCGGGGGGCUGCCGGCAGUAUGGUCCUGGGAUACCAGCUCCUUUCCCCGCCACUCAGCUACAUCCCUGCCCCCUGUCCUAGGAGCUCUGGGAGCCACCAGGGCAGUGCCUAGUGCCUUGGAGUCACAGGACAGGACAGAUUCAGGCUUGACUCCCCCUCCCCCAUCCACGAGGCAGGCUGGAGAAAGCAUUCUUGUUUUUCUCUCCCCUCCUGCUCUUCAUCCCCCAGUUUGGGCCAGAGUGCCCCCCCACCCCUGAACUGUGUGAAUCUGAGCCCCCUCCUGCCCAUUCCUAUUUACCCAGGUCUCCCCGGUGGAGUUUCCGGUGGCCGAGCCCCUACGGGUCAAUUCCUUCCUCCUGGAGCUUCCAGGGCUUGGCAGGUGCACCCAUCUUCCCUGCACAGCUGGUGCUGCAAAGGCACCGUCCUGGGAGAGAGCAGGGAGGGGACAUUGUGAACUCGGAGUAGGGCAGAGGAUGACAAGGGCCACGCAGGUUUUACGAGGUGAACCCCAAAUCUGACCACUGGACCCAGCGCUGCCCCCCUGUGGCAGGAAUGAAGGACAUCCCUGUGUCACUUCCUUAGAGCUGAGCCUUGGUCCCAGUGAAUGGCGUGUCUGCAUGUGUGUGUGUGUGUGUGUGUGUGUGU